GACGAACCGAUUGAUAGAGGAAAUUGGAGUGGACGAUUAGAUUUUUUACUCUCCUGUAUUGGUUAUGCUGUUGGUUUGGGAAACGUAUGGCGAUUUCCCUACUUAGCCUACAGAAAUGGCGGGGCUACGUUUCUGAUUCCUUAUGUUAUUAUGUUGACCAUUGCUGGUUUACCACUUUUCUUUAUUGAGUUGGCUAUUGGACAAUUUGCUUCAGAAGGCCCAAUCACAGUAUGGAAAGUCAGUCCUGCAUUUUCAGGUAUUGGGUUUGGUAUGUGUUUAGUUAGUGGUAUGGUUAGUAUCUACUACAAUGUUAUCAUUAUGUAUGCUGUUUACUACAUGUUGGUAUCAUUUGUUAACAUGGAUACACUAUUACCAUGGCAAACAUGUAACAAUACAUGGAAUGACCACACGUGUCGAAUCGAACCAUACCCAGCACUUAAUAAACUGGUUGAAGGUUGUAAAUUGAAAUGGCAAACUGCUUCAGAACAAUAUUGGACACGUUCUGUAUUGAUGUUACAAGAAGCCGAUGGUUUGGAAUGGUUAGGUGGAGUCAGUUUGAGAAAUUGUUUAUUGUUAUUCUUUACAUGGAUUCUCAUCUUCGCCUGUUUAAUUAAGGGUAUUAAAUCUACUGGAAAGGUCGUAUACUUUACUGCUACCUUCCCAUACAUCAUUCUUAUUGUCUUAUUAAUCCGAGGUCUGACUUUACCUGGAUUUAGAAAGGGUAUUGACUUCUAUGUUAUUCCUAAACCAGAAAAACUGUUGGAUCCUAAGGUAUGGGGUGAUGCUGCUACACAGAUUUUCUAUUCUUUGGGUAUUGGUUUUGGUGGAUUAUUGACCAUGUCCUCGUAUAACAAGUUUAGAAAUAAUGUCUACAGAGAUGCUAUAUUGGUAGCUUGUAUUAAUUGUGGUACAAGUAUAUUUGCCGGUUUUGCUAUCUUCUCAUUGUUGGGUUUUAUGGCCCAUGUUACCAAUCAAGACGUAGCCGAUGUCGCACAAGAUGGUCCCGGUUUAGCUUUUAUUGCCUAUCCAGAAGGUAUUGCCCGUCUACCUGUUGCUCCUAUUUGGGCUUUCCUGUUCUUCUUUAUGAUUCUAACCCUCGGUUUAGAUUCUCAGUUUGCUAUGAUGGAAACGGUUAUUAGUGGUAUCACCGAUCUGUUCCCACAUAUUCUUAGAAAGAGGAAAUUAAGUUUCACCUUCUUCUGUUGUAUGAUUGGAUUUUUACUUGGUAUUCCUAUGUCAGCUAGGGGUGGUAUCUAUGUGUUGACACUAUUCGAUUGGUAUUCCGGUAGUUAUAAUCUGAUGUUCUUGGCACUUAUGGAACUUAUUUGUCUUAUGUAUGUGUAUGGAUUCCGAAAUUUCUGUAAAGAUGUAGAAAUGAUGGUUGGAUAUCAACCAAAUAUAUAUUGGUUGGUAACCUGGUUGGGUUUGACACCACUUGCUCUUAUUUUCAUUAUGAUUAUUUCUGGAAUCUACUACACCCCUGCCUAUUACGGUGAUUAUAAAUUCCCAUCAUGGGCAGAAGGUAUUGGUUGGAUGUUAGCUAUGAUACCGGUUGCUGUCUUUUUCUUGGUCAUGAUUAUUCAAGUUAUACGUUAUGGAGUAACUGAUGCCUUUAAACCCCAAAGCGAUUGGGGACCAGCUUUACCAGAAGACAGAACAGGAAGAUACCAGAGACAAAUAAACAAUGCUUUUCAGCCCGGACAAAUAAACGAUGCUUUUCAGCCCGGACAAAUAAACAAUGCUUUUCAGUCCGGACAAAUAAACGAUGCUUUUCAGCCCGGACAAAUAAACAAUGCUUUUCAGUCCGGACAAAUAAACGAUGCUUUUCAGCCCGGACAAAUAAACGAUGGUUAUGAGAACGAAUGUGAAUUGGGCGUGCAGAACGUAAUGAACGGAAAGAAAUUGCCGCCGCCGUAUAACAUUGCUAAUGAAAAGUACAUCGUCGAAAAGAUGUAA